UACCUUUCUUUUGUUGCAGCAGUGAGCUGCUCCCUCCCAAUUUGCCCCCAUUUCUCUUGGGAAGGAGACGAUCGAUCAAUUAAAGGCGACACUUGGGCACCUCCCGUCGUCUCUGACGUCCCUCGACUCUGAUCUAUGGGUUUUCUUCCUCCGCGUUUGAUUGCCUGGAGUUCUUGAGGCGGAUCGAAACCCUAAUUCCGGAAAUGGAAUUGGUUGGGAGGACGGUGAAGAAGAUAUUUCCCGGGUUCGGGACCUUCUCUGGCGUCGUGAAGUCGUACGAUCCAUCCGCGGGCUACUUCAAGGUGCUCUACGAGGAUGGGGACUCCGAGGAGGUGGAUUAUGGCGAGAUCGCUUCGAUGCUAAUGGAAAUGGGCGAGGAGGCGUCACCGAUGGGGCAAAAUCAGAAUAACAAUAGGAGCAGGUGGUCGAAGAAGCGGACGAGUAGCGAGCUGGAUCUUCCCGAGGACGUUGAUAUCGGAAGCGGUAAGGUUGUAGGUGUGAGUUUAAUUGGGGAGGACGGGGAAUUGUCCGAGCAAAAUGGACUUUUUCAGGGUAGUGGCGGGAAAGGUGAAGUUUCAGAGCUCAAUGGUGGGGGGUAUGAAGGGAUCUUGAAGGAAAAUGGUAUCGUGAGAGUACCUGCAGAAAUUACCGGGAACGAUGGUUAUCCAAAGGAGGAAAUUAGCGGAAAUGCUUCCUCUGAGGGAUUGGUGGAAACCCCUCAGGCGGAGAAGCUGGAGGCAGAAAGUGAUCUUGGUGAUGCUGAUGAGUCUAGUAUAGGAGUUGGGAAAUUAUCGGAACAUAACACGGGGAAUGCCUAUCAGAAAGGAAGUGAACAAAUAAAAGUAAAAGAAGCAAAAUCUGAAGACUGUGUACUUGAUGGCGUGUAUUUGGAAAAUCAAAGAUGUGACACUACAUGUUUUGUGGAAAAGGAUGAAGGUGGCCCUCAAAAGAGGCGAAGACUAUCUGGAAAAAUAUACUCUCUGCAAGAUAUGCCUUUGAGAAGGAGUGCUCGUAGAGCAAGUGCUGCAGCAUUAUGUCCUUCGGAUCCUCUUCACAGCCACAUCUUAAAGAGCGAGUCAGAAUUUCAAAAUUGUCUGUUGGACGAGAAAGAUCAUCAUGUGGUUCCUGAGGAUUCCAAGCCAGAACUGCCACCAUCUUCUAGUGACUUGGAUUUGAAUGAUCUGCCCGUUCUUGAUUUCUUUUCUGUUUACACUCUUUUGAGGUCCUUCAGCAGGGUUUUAUUCUUGAGUCCGUUCAGUCGACCAAUGUUUUUGUCAGCUCUAAGGUGUGAAUAUCCUAAUUCUUUGAUUGAUCAUAUACAUUUUUCAAUCUUACAAACAUUGAAGCAACACUUGGAGCUCCUUUCUGAAGAAGGAUAUCAGCCAGCUACUGAUUCCCUUAGGACUCUAAAUUGGGAGCUAUUGGACUUGGUUACCUGGCCUGUAUAUCUUGGUGGAUACUCACUAAUUCAUGGUUCAACAAUGAAAUCUCUUGUCAAGCUUACACAUCCAAAUAUUAUGGCUGCAGAGUAUUACAUGCAGCCAGCUAGUGUAAAGCUUGAGAUGCUUCGCUGCUUGUGUGAUGAUGUUAUGGAAGUCGAUGGCAUGAGAUCAGAACUCAAUAUAAGGUUGACUGACUGUGAAAUUAAUGUGGAUGCCUAUAACAAUGUUUAUAAGAAUAGGAUCGGAUUAGCUAUAACUGGUUUGGAGGCCUCUUUGGUCCAGGAGAUGCCUGAAGAAACUGCUGAUGGAAACAGUGAUGACUGUUGUCUCUGCGGGAUGGAUGGUAGCUUGAUAUGCUGCGAUGGCUGUCCUGCUGCAUUUCAUUCUAGAUGUGUUGGAGUUGCUAAAGAUCUUUUGCCUGAAGGUGAUUGGUACUGUCCUGAGUGCUUGAUGGACAAACAUGAUGGAUUGACAAAGUUGUCAAAGACUUCACGAGGAGCAGAGGUUUUGGGUAUCGAUCCUCAUGGACGCCUAUAUUUUAGCAGUUGUGGCUAUCUUUUGGUAUCUGAUUCAUGUGAGAGUGUUUCUUCAUCUCAUUUUUACAAUAAAGAUGAUCUAGAAAUUCUUAUCAGAGUUUUGAAAUCAUCUCAUGCUUCUUAUACUGCAAUCGUAAACACAAUCUCUGCGCAAUGGGGAAUUUCUUUGGAUAGCCGUAGUUCCAUUAGCCAAUCAUGCCAUGAAAUUAUCAAAAGGAAUGAGGCUUUAGAUUCUCAACUGAACUUAUUAUCUUCAGAUCCAAAUGUUGUCAAUGAUGAUAUUGUUAAGAAUUCAAAGGAUAAUUGUACUAAUUCUGAACAUAGUGAUCCUAUUAGUGCAAAUGCAUCAGAUUUGAGCCAGACAAAUCUGGUAAGCUUAGAUCAUGCCUCUGGGAUGUCGCUGUUGUUUGUAUCUUCAGAGCCUGCAGAGCAGUUGGCUCAUGCUGUGAACUAUCUUCAAUCAACUCAGCAAACUACGGAUAGUUGUUCCAUUGCUACUGAUAAUCCUGUAGAUGAAGUUAUCUCUGUUACACCUGUUGAUAUAUCUACUGACAACAGUAAACACUUUGCAAUUACUGAUUUGGGUGGCACAUCAUUCAUAUCCGAGCAAGUGCAAAAGAAGGCUGAGACAUGUAAACUACAGUCUGAUCCCUGUGGUUACAUUAACUAUUAUAUUUUUGGUCGAGUAGCUUCAUCUGUAGCUGAGGACUUGAUGAUUAAAUCAUCCGAGAGCAACAAUAAGGAACCCAAGAAGUCAGAUGAGGACAUGGUGGUGGCCCAGCUGAAGGCAAUUUUUAAAAGAUGUCCAAAACUUAGUUCUUAUAGCUUCCUGCAACAAUCUUUAGAUAUACAAAAAGAGAAGUGUGGUUGGUGUCAUUCCUGUAAAACAUCCAGCAGCAGUGAUUGUGCAUUUGUAGUUAAUGACAAGCAUAUUGAAGAUAUGAAAUCAGAUGCUGUAGGUCUUGACUCUGAAAAGAAAAAGAAAAGUCACAUUGUCUCUGUCAUGCAUGAUAUAUUGUCAAUAGAAGAUCAUCUGAAUGGCCUUUUAUCUGGUCCCUGGGAGAAUCCACACUAUAGUAGCCUUUGGCGAAAGGCUGUUAUGAAGGCAUCUGAUGUUGCAUCACUGAAACAUAUGCUUCUUCUUUUGGAAUCAAAUUUGAGGCGUGUUGCAAUGUUAUCAGAUUGGAUGAAACCAGUUGAUUUUGCUCAUACGGUUGGUUCAGCAUCUCACAUUUUGAUUGGUUCAAUGGAUGCAUUUUCAAAUUGUGGUGGUAGCAGAAAGCAAGGGAAAAGAACCACCUCUGGCUCUGAGUUUAAUAUAUCCCAAGCUGCUGCUGCAUCAUAUGUUUGUUGGUGGAGAGGUGGACGACUAUCCCGUCGGGUGUUCCAUUGGAAAAUGUUACCUCGGUCAUUAACUUCCAAGGGUGGUCGUCAAGCUGGAUGUAAAAAGAUAUCAAAUGUCUUUUAUCCUGAUGUUCCGGAGUUUGCCAGGAGAAACAAAUUUAUCACCUGGCGAGCUGCAGUUGAGAUGUCAGAAACUGUUGCUCAGCUCGCUUUUCUGACCAAAGAAUUUGAUUCAAAUAUUAGGUGGUUGGAACUCUGUAAGACUCCACCUUUUCCUCAGUUGAUUAAGGAAUCCAAGGGUUUAGCAAGGUUUUUCAAGAAGGUAAUAAUCCGUAGAAAGAGUAUAGAGGGAGCCAUUGUGAGAUAUCUUCUUGAUUUUGGUAAAAGGGAGAACAUUCCAUCUACUGUUAUAAGAUAUGGGGUGAUUCAUGAAGAUCCCUCUAGUGAAAGGAAAAAAUUUUGGUUGGGUGAAAAUUAUGUUCCUUUAUAUCUUAUUAAGGCUUUUGAGGCAAAGAAAUUGGCCCGCUCCAUUAAAAAGACAGGUUCUAAGUUGCUUUCCCAUGAUGUAGUUGAUUUUGGUUCAAAGAAGCCUGAAAGAUCAAAAGGACUUUCCUACCUAAUAUCUAAAGCAGAAAAGAUGGAGGCAAAACUUUGUGGACAGUGUAACAAAAAUGUGCUAAUCAGGGAAGCUGUGAACUGCCAAUUGUGCAAUGGUUCUUUUCACCAAAAGCAUUUCAGAGUAACUGCAGGUGCUAUAAGUACCAAGUAUAUUUGCUAUAGAUGCAAGACAAAAAAAUCUGUGAAUGUUAAAACUCAAAGGCAGAAAAUGAUGUUGCAAAAGAAGAAAAAAUCUUCUGGUAAGAAGUCAGUGGCUAUGCCAAAGAAAAGAAAACGUGUUUUGGUGAAAAAUAAAAAGAAGCCAAAUCCAAAAAAGAAGCACAAACAAGUUGAAAUUAGAAAAGCUCAAUCAAGAAAAUGUGAGGAAGGCAUUGGCUAUCAUAAGAGGAAAAGAAGAACAACUAUGCAUCACUCCUUCUGGUUGAAUGGCCUUCUAUGGAUGGGAAAAGCAGAUGAUGAACGGGGAAAGCAUUUUAGAAAAACAAAUGUUGUUCUGCCAUUUCAAAUGUUGAGAAGAAGUUCUAGGAAACCAGUAUGCUGCCUAUGUCUUACAGAAUACAAUUCAGAAGUUAUGUAUGUUUGUUGCCAAAAUUGUGAAGAUUGGUUUCAUGGAGAUGUUUAUAGCCUUGCUCUUGAAGAAAUUAAUAAUCUCAUUGGAUUCAAGUGCCAUAAAUGCCGAGGAAGAAGCGCUCCGGUGUGUCCGUUUUCACAAAGUCUUGUAGUCCAUGAGAUUCAGUCUAUGGAAUUCCCCAUUGCAGAGACUAUUAUUACCGAGGAACAAGAUACCAAAGAAAAGCUUCAUAGUGGAACAUCUGAAAGUUCCUCAGUGGUAGUUCAUGAUGAGGAUUAUUUGGAUCAACAGAAAGAUUGUUCUCCAUGUGUCAGAGAUGAGUCCACAUUUGCUUUAAAAACUGAGUUGUUAAAUGGGCCUUACUGUGUGCAGUCUUUUGAUCCAGAAGAUCAGAAGUUUAUUUCUUGCAGACAUGAUAAUGGUUUACAUAUAGAAGCAACUUCACAGAAAGUAGGGGAAAGUUCAAAUGAAAUGGUUAUAGUCCAGGAGUUGCUUGUAUCUAGUAACGUCGAUCACUCUGAGGAGUCAAGAAUUUUGUCUGGAAAUGAGCUUUGUGAUGUUGAAAUUGCAAAAUAUUAAUCAUGCAGUAACUUCAUCAUAUAAGAAGAGGCUUGUUUCUGUAUCUGUUGCAACAAUGUGGUCAUAAUUCAGACUCAGAAUUCGUUUCAGGAAGUCUUAAAUUGCAAAAUUUUAAUCAUUCAGUAACUUCUUUGUCAUAUAAGAAGAGGUUUGUUUCUGUAUCUGUUGCAACAUUGUGGUCAUAAUUCAGACUGAAAAUUCAGUUCGUCUUGAACAAAUAUUGGUCAUGAUUCUUGUCAGACAGCAACCUGGGACUUUUACUGCUAAGGCUUUCACUCUGGCCUGCCUCUUACACUCAUCAAGCAAUGAGUUGUCACUUAUGGGUUCUGACAGACAGAAAUUCUAUCUAUACAAUUUUGAGUUGUGAUUUUCAAAGCUGAUAUUGGACACUGGAAACUGUGUUUCUCAUCAUUAUCCUUCUGAUUGCACAAAAGUGCAAUAGUAUUCGAAGGAUUCUUUAGCUUUUAUUACACAUUAAGCAUUUCUCUGCAGCUUGAGUGUUUUUGGUUGCAUGGAGAUUUGCUUGUAAGAGGCAUUAUCUUUGAGAUAUGGACGUCAACAGGUGCCGUCAAAUGUGAUUGAAGUGAGUAUAAUUGGUAUUUUUUUCCCUUUAAUUUCUAUACUUCUCUCCAUUAUGUAAGAGAUUCUUGGUUUAUCAAAUGUAUUGGCCACAAAAGUUUUACCAACUAAUAGUGAUAUGAGGUCUAACAGUUUUACCA